AUGGCGUCGGAUCUACAAUCUGCUGCAGGUAUGGAAGGUGAAAUUCGAAAGGAGGAAGAAACGGGAAAGACGCAAGGAACCACGGCGGAAGAUAGCCAGGCGUCUGACAACGAGGGAACCGAGCGUCCCGUGCGACAGAAACUGAAGGAGACGUCAAUCGCUUCUACUCAGCAGGAGACAAUCACCAAGAACGGUGAGGAAGCAACCGAUGCGAAGAUGACGUCGACUACAGAUGCACAGCAAUCAGCGGAUACCAACCACACCAUGGAACUCGGCGGAGGUUCGAAUAGCCGGUCGAGCAGCCGAGGCAGAAAGAGGUCAUUCGAUGACGAAGAAGCGGAAAGUGAUGGCGAGGAACAUGGCCACAGACGCAAGAGAUCGCGCGACUCUACCAGCGAAGGCGACGAGCGGCCGCCACGGAGCGAGAGUGAUCUUCCAAGGAAGAUCUUGAGCCCAAAGAAAAAGAGAAGUCGGGACAAGCUCGAUGAAGACGGGUCCGGGGAACGUGCUACGGAGAAGACGGAUACGAAGGCCGAGAAUGUGGAAUCAGAAGAGAAGCCCGAGUCUGAAGGACAGCCUGAGAAGAAGCGACACCGUGACAAUUCCACGGAAAGAAAUCCGGCCCCUGUCACGAGCGCCUUUGCCAAUACAUCCGCAGUCUCUCCAUUCGGCUCCCUUGGCGCAUCAAAAUCCAAGGAAGAAGUACCUACCAAACCGGUGGCUGUAACCUCUACCUCUGCCUUUGCCUCGUCAAGCCUGGCAGCAUUUGCUGGGUCAGAGCAGUCGCCUUUCGGUUCGCUUGGAGCGUCCACUCCAUCUAUUUUCAAGUCGCCAGCCGCGUCCGAGAUUGAGAAAUCAGGGGCCACGGGGUUUGCAGCUGGAGCAAGCACCUCCGGCUUUGCGGGCUUAGGAUCAGGUUUUUCAGGGUUCGGUGGUGGAUUCGGAGCAACUGCUAAAUCCGGGGGGCUCACCAGCUUCGCUUCUCCCACUGCGCCUAGCACCUUUGGCAGUAGCACUAAGGACAAGCCAUUUGGGGCAACGGAUGCGGAUGAAGAAGAGGAGGAAGAGGAGGAAGCCGAAACAGGCCCCAAAGAAUUCGAGGCAGAGAAACCCGACGAGAGGUUCUUUGAGCGGCAGAUUGAGACAGGUGAGGAACAAGAGAAGACGUACUUCAGCGGCAAAGCGAAGCUUUUCCAAUUCACGAACAAGGAAUGGAAAGAGCGCGGUAUUGGCACAUUCAAGGUGAAUGUGAGAGUAACGGACGGCCAGGAGGACAAAAAGGCGGCUCGCAUGAUCAUGCGAGCGGAUGGCGUCUUGAGGGUCAUGCUCAACACGCCCCUUUUCAAGGGCAUGAAGGUCGGAGAUCCAUCGGGCAAUGAACCCAAGUCCAAGCAGAUUCAUCUGGUUGGUGUCGAGGAUGGCCGUACUUUCCCCCUCCUACUCAGGGUGGGAAGUGAGGACGUCGCCAAAGAGCUCUACCAUGUCAUUCAGGAUCUAUUACAGCACCAGUAG